UUGAAAAAUCAAAUUAGGGAAGCGCGGAAAGCCGCUGCUGACACCACAUUAGCAAUGGCAACAGCAAAUGUGGAACCUGUUGGAAGGAUACAAAUGAGAACAAGACGUACACUCAGAGGCCAUUUGGCCAAGAUAUAUGCCAUGCACUGGGCAUCAGACUCUCGAAACUUAGUAUCAGCUUCUCAAGAUGGAAAAUUAAUUGUAUGGGAUGGUUAUACAACAAACAAGGUUCAUGCAAUACCCCUUCGUUCCAGUUGGGUGAUGACAUGUGCCUAUGCUCCAUCAGGAAAUUAUGUAGCAUGUGGUGGUUUGGAUAACAUUUGCUCCAUUUACAGUUUAAAGACUAGAGAAGGAAAUGUGAGAGUUAGCCGUGAAUUGCCUGGACACACAGGAUAUUUGUCAUGUUGUCGAUUCAUAGAUGAUAACCAAAUAGUUACAAGUUCUGGAGAUAUGACAUGUGCAUUGUGGAAUAUAGAAACAGGGAAUCAAAUAACUUCUUUUGGGGGUCAUACAGGUGAUGUAAUGAGCCUCUCUUUGGCUCCAGAUAUGAGGACAUUUGUAUCUGGUGCUUGUGAUGCUUCAGCAAAGCUUUUUGAUAUCCGUGACGGAAUCUGUAAGCAGACCUUCACAGGGCAUGAAUCUGAUAUUAAUGCCAUAACAUAUUUUCCUAAUGGCUUUGCCUUUGCAACUGGCUCAGAUGAUGCAACCUGCAGAUUGUUUGAUAUCCGUGCAGACCAAGAAAUCGGAAUGUACUCACAUGAUAAUAUUAUAUGUGGUAUCACUUCAGUUGCCUUUUCUAAGAGUGGUCGUCUUUUACUUGGUGGCUAUGAUGAUUUCAACUGUAAUGUAUGGGAUGUCCUGAAACAAGAACGAGCUGGUGUUUUGGCCGGCCAUGACAACAGGGUUAGCUGCUUGGGUGUUACAGAAGAUGGCAUGGCAGUAGCAACAGGCUCAUGGGACACCAGUUGCCGAGCUCCUCUUUCUGCUACCACCUUUCACAACCAUCCUUUCCCUCUCCUUUUCCUCCUCCUCCUCCUUGCUUCAUGUAUCCUCUUUCCAUGUACACAUUUCAAUUUUUUUUUCUUUCUUCCUCAUCUCAAUUCUAUUGGCUUCUUCAUUUUCCUCUCCCUCUCUUCUCUUUUUCUCUCUAUCUCUCUCUCCCCCUAUCCUUCCCCAUUGACUGGUCAUUUGGAGACAGCUCUUAAGCUGAGUGUCUGUCCCAAAUAUUUAAAUGGAUCACAUACUACCAUUCACAGUGCAACAAGAACAACCACCACAAAAGCAAGCCAAGUGGUUGGUCCCGCCGCAGUCGUCGUCGGUUCGGUUGUCUAUUGA